UAAAGACUUGUACUUUGCUGUAACAUUUUUCUCUGUUCCGCAAUAACGAGAAAGAAUCUAUAGAAUCAAACGGAGCUCAAUUUCAGUUUUCUAUUUUUUUGGGUUUGUUUUGAAGAUGCAACUCUUUAGUAGCUGUUGUGGAAAAGGAUCUGAUGGGGAAAAGGAAUCCAAGACAGAAACACCUCGUAAGAUCUUCUCAUUAAAGGAACUUCACGCAGCCACAAACAGUUUCAACUACGACAACAAACUCGGCGAAGGACGUUUCAGCAGUGUGUAUUGGGGACAACUCUCUGAUGGCUCACAAAUUGCAGUCAAGAGAUUAAAGUCAUGGACCAACAGAGAAGAUAUAAACUUCACUCUUGAAGUCGACAUUCUUUCACGUAUCCGUCACAAGAACUUGUUAAGUGUUCGUGGCUACUGUAAUGAAGGACAAGAACGUCUUCUUGUGUAUGAUUACAUGCCAAACUUGAGCCUUGUUUCACAUCUUCAUGGUCAGCAUUCAGCUGAGUGUAUUCUAGAUUGCAAUAAGCGGAUCAAGAUUGCUAUAACCUCUGCUCAGGCCAUUACCUACCUACACCAUCAUGCAACGCCGCGUAUAGUCCACGGUGAUGUGAGAGCUAGCAAUGUGUUGCUAGACUCUGAGUAUGAAGCUCGGGUUACGGAUUUUGGAUAUGGUAAACUGAUGCCAGAUGAUGAAGCCAAGAGUAAUAAUAAUAACAAUAAUGGGUAUCUUGCACCAGAGUGUGUUGCAUCAGAAGCAGGAGACGUGUACAGUUUUGGUAUCUUGUUGUUGGAGCUGGUUAGUGGUAAGAGACCAGUGGAGAAGCUAAACGGGACAACAAAACGGGGUAUAACCGAGUGGGUGUUACCACUUGUUUACGAGAGAAAGUUUGGUGAAAUCGUGGAUCAGAGGCUGAAAGAAGAGAACGUGGAGGUGAAGCUGAAGAAACUAGUCUUGGUUGGUCUGUUGUGUGCUCAGAGAGAGCCAGAGAUGAGACCAACAAUGUCUCAAGUGGUGGAGAUGUUAAUGAGUGAUUCAAAGGAGAAAAUGUCUGAACUUGAAGCUAAUCCUCUCUUCAAGAAGCCACAUAGCGGCGACGAAAACCAUAGAGAGGAUCAGAACGGUGCAGAGGAAAUCUCAGAAGAAAAAGAUCUUCAUCAACAACAACAAGAAUAGGUAUCUUUAGGCAAAAAAAGUUUGUUUUCUCAGGUUGGUUUUUACCAUCUUUUGUUCAUAUUGUGGUAUUGAUUUGAUUGAUUGGUGUUUUAAAGGUGUGGUAUUGGUAUGUAAAGAGUUGUGAUACUUUUGGUCUUAUUGAAAGAUUUGAUACUUCUAUUUAUGUAUUAUACUGAGACUUGUACACUCUAGCACAAUGAUUCUGAUCUGAACUACUUUACAGACUUUUUCUGAAUCAGUUUCUAGUUCUGACUCUUGGAAGAAGAAGAUAGGGUCAAAAAGUAUAACAGAGAGAGACUACAAC